AAAGGUCAUUCAAAAAAAUAAAGCCGUUAAGAGAUUUUUUCAAAGAUAAUUUAAAUUUCAAUUUAAUUCCUCUAUAAUUACACUUUACCUUCUCAACUCCCGUAUUCUUAACUCAAUCUCUCUCUCUCUAAAAAAAUCAAUCAGAAAAUUUCUCAAGAAAUCAAUCAAAAUGAGAGAAAUCCUUCAUAUCCAAGGAGGUCAGUGCGGAAAUCAAAUCGGUGCAAAGUUCUGGGAAGUAGUAUGUGCAGAACAUGGGAUUGAUAGUAUUGGAAAGUAUGAAGGAGAUUCAGAACUUCAAUUAGAGAGAAUUAAUGUUUAUUACAAUGAAGCAAGUGGUGGAAGAUAUGUACCGAGAGCUGUACUUAUGGAUCUUGAGCCUGGUACUAUGGAUUCAAUCAGAUCUGGUCCUUUUGGUCAGAUCUUCAGACCCGAUAACUUCGUUUUUGGUCAAUCUGGUGCUGGUAAUAACUGGGCGAAAGGUCAUUAUACUGAAGGUGCUGAGUUGAUUGAUUCCGUUCUUGAUGUUGUCAGAAAAGAAGUCGAGAAUUGUGAUUGCUUACAAGGGUUUCAAGUAUGUCAUUCUUUGGGAGGAGGAACUGGAUCUGGGAUGGGAACUCUAUUGAUUUCAAAGAUCAGAGAAGAAUACCCUGAUAGGAUGAUGCUUACUUUCUCGGUUUUCCCAUCACCUAAAGUGUCUGAUACUGUGGUUGAGCCUUACAAUGCUACUUUGUCUGUUCAUCAACUUGUUGAGAACGCUGAUGAGUGUAUGGUUCUUGAUAACGAAGCUUUGUAUGAUAUUUGUUUCAGAACUCUCAAGCUCAGUACUCCUAGCUUUGGAGAUUUGAACCAUUUAAUAUCUGCAACAAUGUCUGGAGUUACUUGUUGUUUGAGGUUUCCUGGACAAUUGAACUCUGAUCUGCGAAAGCUUGCUGUGAAUUUGAUUCCGUUCCCUCGUCUACAUUUUUUCAUGGUGGGAUUUGCUCCACUUACAUCUCGUGGAUCACAGCAAUACAGAAACCUUACAGUUCCAGAGCUUACACAACAGAUGUGGGAUUCAAAGAACAUGAUGUGUGCCGCUGAUCCGAGGCAUGGACGAUACCUGACUGCUUCAGCUAUGUUCCGUGGGAAAAUGAGUACUAAAGAAGUUGAUGAACAGAUGAUUAAUGUUCAGAACAAGAAUUCGUCCUACUUCGUCGAAUGGAUUCCAAACAAUGUUAAAUCAACUGUUUGUGAUAUCCCACCCACUGGUCUUAAGAUGGCUUCUACUUUCAUUGGUAACUCAACUUCGAUUCAAGAAAUGUUCCGUCGUGUUAGUGAACAAUUUACUGCUAUGUUUAGGAGAAAGGCUUUCUUGCAUUGGUACACUGGUGAAGGUAUGGAUGAGAUGGAAUUCACUGAGGCUGAGAGCAACAUGAACGAUUUGGUCUCCGAGUACCAGCAAUACCAAGAUGCAACUGCUGAUGAAGAAGGUGAAUAUGAAGACGAGGAAGCAGAAUAUGAGGAAUAAGUGAGCCUACUUUUGUGUAGGUUUUACACACCACAAUUUCCAGUUGCCGGUGUCCUGUGAUGUCUUCUUUUAGUGUUGUUUUUUAAUUGCUGAACUAAUAGAAAUGAGAAAAAACGGUCUUGUUACUGGAAGAUAUUGAGUAACAUAUGGUUCUGAAUAUAUUCCUUCAAGUUGUUUGCUCGGUUCAAUUUGGUUUAUCACUCUGAUAUUGAGUAAUGCUCAGACUUUUCUGCAAUCUUGCAUGCAAAUGGUGUUGUAUGGAUAUUAAUAUUUGCAUUUUGAAUGCUGAAGGCUUGAAGCCAGAAAUGCUUGUAUAUAAUUGACAAAGAAGUUAGCAUCUCCACCUGCCUUCCCAAUUGCAGUGGAUACAGUCACUUUCUUUGGUGGAACAGUUGGUAAAUUUCCAAAUAAGAAAUGCUCUAAGAAGUACGGGGCCCUGUAUAUGUAUGUUAUAUGUAUAAUCUUCUGCUUUUCAUUUCUUCUUACAGUGUAAUCUUCCUUCAAAUUAGUAUUGUAGAUUAGUCUUAAUUAUAUAAUCUCUUAGUUCUUA